AAGGGAUUCGUGUGUCUAAGUUGCCACCAAUCAUGCAGGGCAUGUAUGAUUUCUCUACAGUGGCAUGUAUUUGUGCUACCUACAAACCUAAUGAGGCCGCGUCCUACCCCGUCUCGGCAAUUCAUAUGUGCAACGGCCGGUCGUUAGUAAUUCGGGUCUUAUCAAGGGCCUUACUUGACAUACAACCAUUGGGGCUUUAUGCUACCUGUUGCCCGAACUUUUUCUUUCUGAUAGCAACCCUCGUUCGACAAUUGUACGCACACCACUCAUAGAAAUACUUCGACAAGCGUGCAGAUUUGAGAGCUCCGGAAAUCUCUGACGUAAAUCGGGCUAGAUCUCCAUUGAGACUGUGCCCUCGGCGCCAUCCACCGAAACUGCUCUGAGGCGUCGCUAUC